AUGAAUGGCGAAGAAGAUACAGUAAUGGGUUGUGUUGAUGGUAGCGAGAUGGUAGAUGAGACCCCAAGAGAUUGCACAGGUGCCAGUUUAGAGGAUACUGCUGAUUGGGUGUACACACCACCACCAGACAAUCAACGAGAAUUUGAGUUUCCAGAAGAUGGCCUUAGUUUCUCUUCUCGAUUUGACAGUGGUAACUUAAUUCAAGUUGAACGUAUUGGUCCGUAUCGGUAUAAUAUGUAUACCACCCCUGAUUGCGGUAAUACACCAAAACAAACAAAUAAUCGACAAUGGUUUCACUUUGCUAUUCGAGGAGGAAGUAAAGGAACUGUGAUUACCUUUACCUUUGUGGGUAUGAUGCAUUGUAAGAUGUUUACAUAUGGAUGGACACCUGUGGUGGCGGUGUGUCCGGGAAAACCGCAGUACACACGACUCCCCGGCCGCGCAACUGUGGUAGCGCUGGACGCCAUGCCACCGACGCCUGGUUAUCCCGGCUUUGUUCUUAAGCCGUGGGGAAAGAAAUCAGCCAGCACAGAAACACCAUCACCAACAGCAGCCACAACUAUUACCACCACAACUACCACAACCACAACAACAACAACAGGAGAAGGAGGCAAUGAUGAUGGGGAUGCGAAUGGUAGUUCAGAGGGAGUUCCUGAUGUUAUUGAACUAGCUGCAAGUGCUACUACUAAGAAGAAAAAGAAAGAAAAUAGUGUUGCUAUGAACAUUACUUUCGAAGUGCGACUUGAGAUUGAUGCACCACUCACUUCAUCUUUAUAUCCUUUGGGUCAUCCGCAAUGUCCAGCAACUUAUGUUUGCAGUAAUCAUCCCUAUUCCUAUACCACACUACAGCAAAAUAUUAAACUUUGGAAAGCACAAACUUCAUCUGGUACAAAAAAUAGUGGUACUGAACAAUCAGCAGAAAAUGAAGUGGGAGAAUCUACUUCAAAUUCUAUAUACUUUAACCAUGAAGUUCUUUGUAAAUCUUUGGAUGGUCGAAAUGUUGAUCUUAUUACCAUAACAGAUAGAUCUGGAAUUUCUUCUGAAAAAUGCCCUUUUUAUGGAGAUGAGGAUAUACCAUAUUCCUCUGCUAUAGGAGAAACUGAACGUCCUUAUCAAUUUUUAGGAAAACCUUUUGUUGUUCUUUCUGCCCGUGUUCAUCCUGGUGAAGCACCAUCAAGUCAUUUAAUGCAUGGUUGUAUUGAAUUUUUACUUAAUCAAGUAGAUCCACGAGCUAUCGCUUUGCGAUCACGUUUCGUUUUUCUUCUUGUACCAAUGAUUAAUCCUGACGGUGUAGUUAGAGGGCACAGUCGCGCAGAUACUGAUGGAGUUAAUCUUAAUCGUAUGUACAAAAAUCCCUCUAAAAAGCGUCACCCAGCUCCUUACAGUAUACGAAGUAUGCUUCAUUCAAUUGCAUCAGUAAAAGGUAGACUAAAUCUUUUUAUUGAUAUGCAUGCACAUGCAAAUAAACGUGGAAUGUUUUUUUAUGGAAACUCUAUGGAUGCUCCUGAACUAUUACAAGGUCUUUUAUAUGCCAAGUUAGUAGCAUUGAAUACACCUUAUUUUGAGUUUCAAUCUUCUAAUUUUUCAGAAGCUAAUAUGUAUGCUACUGGAAAAACAGGAGAAGGUCGUGAUACAUCUAGUCGUGUGACUUUGUAUCAAGAAACUGGACUUGUUUACAGCUAUACUAUUGAAGCUUCUUAUGUGGUGGGUAACAGUUUGAAUUCCGUUACGGCAAUAUCAGCUCAAUCGGUAGAAGAACCUGAAGUUUUUCAAGGUACCCCUUCUCCCAAAUAUACUCCAGCUAUAUUCGCUGAUGUUGGAAAAGGAUUAUUGGUAGCCUUACUUGACCUAAAAGGAUGUAACCCAUUAAGUCGUUUACCUUCCAUGCAGUAUCAUAAUGCUAAAGGGGUUUUGUUAGCAUUACAACGUCAACUUCAAACGGAGGCGUCUGAACGAUUAUUUAAAAUAGCCUUCGCUAAUAGUGGUCAAGCAGCUUUCUCACGAGAUUCUUCUGUAGAUCCAUUAGUUUCCGUUAUGUCUACAUUAAAACCUGAAGAUUUCCAAGGUCCUAUGACUAUCAAAGAUGGACGUGGACUCCCUGCCAUUACAAUUCGCGGAUUUCCGGAAUUCUUGUCACUUGAGCAGGCAGUUCAGAUUCUCGCCCACACACCGCCGUUGUGUCCACCACGAACACUCAUCUGCAACACUGGACGACGUUCUUUGGCCCAAACAGUAGCGGCCGCAGCGGCUGCAGGUGGUGGUGGUGGUGGAGGAACUUCUGGCCGUCGUUGUGUGAGUAAUACAGGAAAUGGUAGCACCUCGACCGCUGCAGCUCUUCGAACACCUUCUGCUAAUGGGCGGAAGUCUCUUGCUGGUGUGAAUUGA